AGCGCAGAAAUCAUGAAUUAAAAUAAAGAAUUGAAUAUGUAAUUUUUUUGCAAUGGAGAAUGGGGGGUUUUUCGACACUCCAUCGUCCUCAGAAGAUAUCCUAACACUCCUCCAACCCUCCCAGUUCCUAUCCUCCUCGUCCACGUCCACCGAUCAAUCAAAAUCGAUUGAAAGUGCAUCAGAGAGUCUGCGGAGGCCAUCAAGAAAUCUAAAUGAGGAGAUUGGGAAAAUUUCUCGGGGAAAAUGGAGAAGGAAAUUGAGGGGGAUUGGGUGGAACAAAUACAUCCGCUGGGAUUUACUUUUCACGUUCGGAUUUAUCCUGUGGGUCGCUUUGUGCAUCACAGACUCAGUCUGCCCCAGGACAAUUUACAUAAUGCGGGAGAUGAAAUCGAGGGUUGAGGAGGCCAGGGAUUUCGAGGUCACCUGGACACUGAAGUGUUUUUCCUAUAUUGGCCACAAUAUAAUCCCCAAUUUGAUGGAGACCCUCAUGUUUUUGGGGGUCUUUGGGGCUUUCACAAUUACUGAGAACUGCCUGAAGGAGAAAUGGUUCCGUAAUUCACAAAAUAAUACUAAAAAUGGUGCUCCUCUCCUUUCAAUUUACCACGAACGGGACUUCCUCUUCGAUGGAUUGGACGACUCUGAGGACACGUGCAACGAUUCAGAAUACCCCGAGGAAAUAAAUUACAUAAAAAUAGAAGGAAGAAAAUUACGGAUUCACCCGAAGCUCUAUUGGCAUUGGAGACUAUUCAAAGGGAUUGCAGAGAUAACGACGAAGGUAAAACGGAAGAGUAAACGAUUGAAUAAAUUGGGCCUUCACACCUCGACCGACGAAGCGCAGGGCCUUCUCGAAUAUGAUCUCGCGGACAAAUACAUCGUUCAGCCCUACGAAACUUACGAUCAAGAAAUCAAUCGUUUUACAAAAGCUCAAAAAAAUCCAUCGACGACUGCAUUCGCGGAGAUCACUGCAGGUCUGCAAAACACCACGACGAAUUAUUCGACGUGGACCUCCGGUUCUCAGAAGGUAAAUUCCAGGAUUAUCAGCUCUUCUCCAGCUUUCAAGGACUUUCUGUCUAAAUUCAAGAAAAAUUUCCCUCCAUACAACAGACCAACUUUUUAAUCUUUCUGUAUGUGAUAUUUUUUAACUGCGCAUACGUUUUUUAACCAUACGUUUACACUAUUUUGUCACAAAAUGAAUAAAACGAGAG